AUUAGCAGGCCACCCUUGAAAGUGACCGAACAUUUUGAUCGGACGAGAUAAAAAAACCGUCUGGUGAAAGAAGAGAAUUUUGAAGAAAGAAACACAGUUACAGCCAUUGUCACAAUUUUCGAAAGAACGACCAUUGAAAUACAAGCAUUGUUUGAUUUACGACAUACACUGCACCCUUAGAGUCGUACACUUUUCAACGAGAACCUCUUUCUUGCGCUUUGCACAAUUUGGCUGAAUUUCCGUUUCAAUUUUCUUUUGACCAAAAACACAAACUUUAAUCAUGAAAUCCUUCCUUCAACUCGGCCAGCCACUUGUUCUCUUUUUGGUGGCAUCUUCUAAUGCGUUUAGYCUGGUGACACGCACCGGUCCAUCAGCUCUGUCAUCCUCAAGUUCKUCUUCGUUGCAUGUUUCCUCUUACUCGUCCGCCGAGGACACGCCACCAGAAGAUGACGGUCGUGCAAGCGGGGAGAGCAAGGAGGAGAAACCAAGACACAUUGAAUUCGYUGAUCUGGGGAUCGCGGAACAGUCGUCCGAACGAAAACGAAGAAUACAACAGGAAGAGGAGAACAAUCAACGAUUUGUCAAAUACGGAGAUGAUCUAUGGAACAUGCGCGAGGUCAUGGACAAGCUUUCGAGGAAACUUUUGAAAUCCAUAAAUACUGGCGACCGAGAGAAAGAAGAAGAGAUCAGAGCAGAGUUACGGCAGGUCGAGGGUCAAGAUCCGGAUUUGGUGUACAAAGUCGAAUUAGAAAAACUCCAAAAGGCACGGAGAGAAGGUCGAGACGAAGACGCAAUGCGACACAGCAUUAUUGCAUCUGCCGCUAGGAGCAUUCUGCCGCAAUACAACCUCGAGGGACUAUGGGUUGGAAAGUGAGUCUUAGAGGUAACACGGAUGACGCUGAUGACGAUGCACAAAUGCCAACGGUAUGACUCUCACAGUUUCUCAUCGUUUUUCUUCUUUCAUUAUCAUCUGGGCACUGUCGAAAUGCAAUUAUCAUAAUCUAUGCUAAUUAGAUACGGGCAGCACGGAUACGAAAUGGUCAAUGUGACGUAUCAAGGAGAUCUGCUGGUUGCUUACAAAGUUACUGGAGACAAAAAUGUCCCCCGCGGAGAAAUUACAUUCCAGGCCGAUUUGGACCCCUUGCAUCGAGGAGCGAAUGUCGACUCCUCUGGCGACCCAUCGACUCCAACGGUCGAACAGUUGCAACCCAUCAUCCUUACAGACAAGGCUGCCAGAAAAUGGGGCACAUCCCAGCUUCCGCGCCACAAAGGACUCGGGCAAGUGGCAGAGGCCGGAUUCAAAAAGAAUCAAUGGAUGGAAGGGCAGCUCAUCAUCAUUGGGCAAGAGUAUUUUUCAUUCGCAUGGGUUCCCAUCGAGCAACAAAUUUUCUUCGGUCGCCCAUCUCCCGAGCUGGCGCUCAAGAUGCUACGGGAGGCUGGGGGGACCGGCAUUGCCCCCGUCAAGUCAUGGGAAACACCGCCCACGAUGGAUGCCGACGUGACGGUAAUGAAAGAUUACAUACAUAGCUGCUUAGAGAAAACCGCAGAAAGCGAGGACGAUUUUUUGAGUGGUGAUCCGUUCAGCUGUAUAUUCGUUGACGGCGACACCGAGGAAUGCUACUUGCAGUAGUAAGAGAUGUAAAAAGCCAAUACGAUGGAAAUGAAGAAUGAAUGUGACCUUUAGACAUCAUCAUGAUCAGCACCUGAUGUUAUUUUUUAUUGAUCGAACUUCAAAAACUGGGGGUCCUUUUCAUGCUGUAUGGUCGGUGCAAUAUAAAAUAGCAACACGA